AUGAUCAAUCUAGCUGCUCACACCAUCAUGUCAACCGCCAAAGGUUACCACAAUGCGCUCUUAGCCCUCUCUGGCAACCCCGUCUUUGCCGCCGCACGAGACACUCUUCUCGCGAGCAUCAGCGACAACGAACUGCUCGACGUUAUUACCUACGGGCUCAAGACUGGUUCUCCUAGAGAAACUCUCAAUGCCAUCGCGACACGACUACUUGAUGGGCUUGCAAGGGCUCGAAACGCCGACGACGCGGCAGCACCGGUAGAAGGCAAACAUGGCGGCGAUGAUGGUGGUGAUGAUGAUGAAGACAGCGGCGGCGGUGGUGGCGUCCGCAAGAGUGGUCGAGGUGGUAAACCUAAAGCGCAGGAAGUCAAGAUAACACCCAGAAAGCGUGCACCGCCUAAACCAGCUCAGACCCCAACAUCGCAAGGAACCCCAUCAUCAACUACAAACAAGAUAAGAACGGGAGACUGCCUCAUGCAAGAUGGAAAGAAGAGAAGGAACGCAAGUCCAGAGCCAAUGGAUGAUGACGAAGAUUUCUUCAAGGCAGAGAGUGUGGAAGAGGAGGAAGUAGCGAAGGUUCCCGCAAAGAAAGUAAUCAAGAAGCCUUCCACCGAAGCUCCGGCGACCAAGAGCAAGACCACGGCAUCUUCUAGUACCACCAAAGAAACCGACAGCAACGUGAACACCAGCUCCGAAGACGAUGCCAUGUGGAAAGAGAUACAGAAGCUCUCCGUGAUCAGGGAUCUGCAACUCGUCAACAGCAAGGACACCGAUGGCAAACAAAAGAAUGGCGAUGGGAAGCAAGCCAAUGCCAGAGUCGUGACUUCAAGCAUUAACAAGCCUAUCCGGAUCCCCGAUGUCGAAGUCCGCUUCAUGAUGCCUCACAUGUCAUCUAUUCCCUCCAAUGCCUAUCGAGGAACGAUGGACGUCUUCCCACUCUCAUUCGUCAAAGAGUUUGUUCGCAAUUUUAACAGAGACUACCUCGUGGGCGAAAAGAAAAGAACCGCGUUCCGCGACAUGAUCGACCAGAAGUUUCCACAUGGUAGUUGUGUACACUGCGUCCUGAAUCCGGGGAACGCUCAAGGAUGCCACUGUUCGGUCAGCGCCUACAGUCCAAAUCGGAAAAAUGUUUGCGAUGCUUGUCUAGGAGAGACAACACUGUAUGCCAGAUCAGAAGAGUGGGCCAAUCAUGACAAGGGUCCUGGAGCUAUGAAAAUCGUGCUGACGGUAUAUCCGAACCCUCAGGGUUUACGUAGCGGGAUAGAUUGGCGGAAUAUGCGCUUCUGGGUAGGAACUCGGGGUCAUAUCUGUGAUGGACUAAAGUCAGCGGAGACUUGA